GGAGAGAGAGUGACAGAGAGAGAGUGGAAGAGCUCUGUACUCGAGUGAUUCCCAGACUGGCUGGCUGUGAGCUCGCGCUCUGAUCUGCCUGCUCUGAUGGGGUUUCAUGCCCUCGCAGGCACUGCUGGGGAACCUAAGGGCACCACUGGUUUCUGCUGCUUUUAUUUUUUGCCUCUGAUUCCCACUUAUUGACCAGACUAAUCGAAUGAAAGCUGGGACCAGACAAUCUCAACCUCAAUGACGACAAAUGGAUCCUACACCAGUGACGCUCACUGCAAUACCAAAAGGGUGCUAAAAGAACCCUGAACGCAGCGUGGGCCAAAGACAACUGGCAGAAAUGAGAGUGGUUUUGGUGUUUGCCCUCCUCUCCUCCCUGUCUUUCUCACAUGCCUGUCCAAGGGAGUGCAGCUGCAACAGCAACACCAAAGUGGUGGACUGUCGGGGACGGGGCCUCUAUGACAUCCCUCGGCGACUUUAUCCAGAUACACAGGAACUGUAUCUUCAAGAUAACCGGAUCAGGGGGCUGGGAUCAGUGGCUUUCAGGGAAAUACCUCUCGUUCGCAUUCUUGAUCUGUCUAAUAACUCUAUAACAGCUAUUUCACCAACUGCCCUGCUUGGUCUAAGGACUCUCCAGCGCCUCAGCCUUGCAUACAACAGCAUCAGAGAGAUUGACAAACGGGUGCUCGGACCUAUACGAUCACUGUCCCACCUUGACCUCUCACACAACAGCCUGUGGGGUGUGCCAGGAGCCAUGGGGGACAGUCUGAAGAACCUCAGCUACCUUGGGUUAGCAAACAACAGGCUAACAAGACUGGAUCGCUCACUGUUGGACGCCAUGACCCACCUGGACAGCCUCACACUUCGAGGCAACCCUUGGAGGUGUGAUUGCCAGCUUAUUGGCCUCAAACUCUGGCUGGAGACCUACCUCUUUAAAGGUGGAGUUUUGGAUGAAGUUCUCUGCACUCAACCAGAAGAAAUGAAGGAUAAAGAAUUGCAAAAAAUCCCAUAUCAGCUAUUUCAUUCCUGUAUGACUACAAGCUAUCAUUACCUUUUCGCCAAUAUACACCAUCUUGAGUCUGAGAAGCUACUGAGAGGCCACACCCAUGGCAACCAUGCCCAUCCCUCCAGCCACUCUCUCCAUGUCCCUAUGGCGAUAGGUGAGGGUUUUGGCGGAGGAGGAGGAGGAGGGGGAGGGGGUAUGGCAGAGUGUGAAACUAAACAGAAGCACCGCCCUGUCAACCUGCGCCAUGCCAUAGCCACGGUUAUCAUCACAGGUGUAGUGUGCGGGAUUGUGUGUCUGAUGAUGCUGGCUGCAGCAGUGUAUGGAUGUGCCUAUGCUGCAAUCAUGGCCAAAUAUCAGCGCGAGUUAAAGAAGAACGAGGAGCUGGCUGCAGCACAGGCCGCAGAUCAUGCCACAGCAGAUGAAAAGGAGCCACUGGAGAAUGCUAUUGCCUAAGAGUGGGUAAUAUUCUCCCGGGACUCUAAGCCUCUUCCCUUUAACCUAAUUAUCUCUAGAUGCCAUGUUUGGGUUUGUACAUGUGUGUAAAGAGUAAGAUUUUUUAUUUUUGCAUAAGUUUACCUAAUAUUUAAGACUUGGGUAGCUGGAAUUCACAGGUAUUUGACUAUGCACUAUUAAGAAGAGUAUCUUCCACUUUCAGCAAACAAAGCUGAAUUCAAGCGUGAAUUCAAAACUAUACAUUUAGUUUUGUCUGAAAAAAAGCAUAUCAAGAACAGGAAAAAUCUAAUAUAUAUUUAUAAGUGUGUACUUGUAGGUAUUCGUAAUGUAAAGGUUUGGUAUUUCUAAAAUGAACUAUCAAUUUUAUUUCAUUUUUUUUGUUAUUGCUCAUCAUUUUGAAUCUGUUUUUGACUCAUUGUAAUUCAUAUUAGGCAGCUGUUGUCAGUCAUGUCCUCAAUUAUUUGUACAAGUGACGUGCAUUUGAAAAAAAGAAAAAUAAGCCUGUGACUUUAACUUGUGCUUGGAAGGGUAUGUGUGCUUGUACGUGUGUGUUUAGAGAAAGAGAAUUUUAAGCGCCUGUGCCUAGCAAUGCUAAAAAGGUUUGUGAAGGAAAUAUAUUCUUGAGAGGAUAUUUUCUGGAAACUGAAGGGAAAAAUGGGAAAUUCAUUUAAGCAAUAAUGAAACAAACAAAACUGAAAAUAACCUGGACUCAGCCUUUUUGUGUGUCUUUUAUGAGUUCACAGAUCUAAAAAAACUGCUGCACAAGUCACGUUUACACACGCAAGUACAGUUUUUCAGAUCCAACUUGCUUGUGACAUAAUAUUAAUUAUAUUAUGGUAAAAAAUGUCUUACAGUAUGUAUCAUAUAUAUAUAAUAAAGGAAAACGUUGUUCCUGAUCAGUGUAUGAAUACUGGCAAUCAAUUCCCAAAGGUCUGUGUCCUCAAGAAUGAAAAGGAAAUAUCAUGGAAAGGAAAUUUGUGCAAAAAAAUUCAAAGAAACUUCCAGCUAUUAUUCGGUAUAGGCUGGUUUGUUCCCAUGGUACGAUAACCUUAAGUUCACGGUAUUUAGAUAAAAAUGUUAAUAAAAGCUUCAAUAAAAAUAA